CGUUCGUCCUGGGUAAAAAAAAACACUCCAAGUAUAGCUGGAGUUUUACAGUUAAUUCUUUCGAAGAAAAUGAUGAACCACCCAAAGAAAGCUGGAGAAAGGCGCUCUGAUAGGUUAAGUGCUCUUCCAGAAGCCAUUAUUGGUCACAUCCUUUCGUUUCUCGACACCAAGUCUGCUGUUCAAACCUCUGUACUGUCGCGAGCACUGCAAAGUGCUUGGAAGCAAGUUCCUGUCAUUAACCUCCAUAGCAAUUCCUUCAAAGAGUAUCGGAAUUUCCGAAGCUUUGUGUCCAAGGUUUUGUCCCUCCGCUGCAAUGUCAAUGUCCAGAAGCUGAGGUAUAUCGACCACGAUCAUAGUUACGAGGAUCGAGAUGUUAGUCUGUUUGUCGAGGUCAUUAAGUAUGCUCUAUCUCAUAAUACUCAACAUCUGGUGAUUGACCUCGAGAAUGGAACGGACUAUUAUCAAGAUUGUUACAAGUACUCCGACUUGUUUGGGUCAGUUCUGGAUUCCAAUCUCACAACUCUAGAAUUAAGAUCUGUCAUUGUGGAUAGUGGAUUUAGAUCUUCUGGUUUUCGGGUACUAACAACUUUAUGUCUGCGCGGGUGCCUGCUGGUUUCUGAUUCGGAGGUGGACAUCGAUCUUUUUUCUAAUUUACCCUGCCUGGAGAAUUUGGUACUGAGGCAUUGCCCUCUUGAUCACCGCUAUCCAAUUGCGGAUGAAAGGAUUGUGAAUAUAACUGGACCUGAAUUGCUUAGCCUGACAGUGGAUGACUCGUGGUUUCCAAAGAUUGAAAUAACUGCACCAAAGCUCCAAUUCUUCAUUUUUUGGCAUACCUCGCUCCUCCAAAAAUUCUCCAAGUUAAGCCUUCCUUCCGUGGUUCACGCUGAUAUUAACGACUGUAUUGGUGGGUACGGGGAAGGGGAAGAACAGAUGGCGCUACAGUUGAUCUCCUUGUUCCAGGGGGUGAGUAAUGCAAAAUCACUAGUGCUGGACGCCUAUGGCAUUGAGGAAUUGAACAAAAUUUUUGAGUUUUUGGAAAAACACCCCUCCCCCUUUACGAGGUUGGAGUCAUUGAUGGUGGACAUCGACACCACGACCAUGUCCAUACCCUUGAAAUUGGUCAAUUACUUGUUCAAAAGAAGUUCUUGCACAAAUCCGAAGAUCGAGUUUGCAGAGCGUUAGAGUUGACGAUCUUGCACUAGUUUCUUGCUUAACGCAGUGGAAUUAUUCCUUCUCAGAGAUUGUUCUGAAUCUCUUUGCCAUAUGUUAAGCUGUUGAGUUUGUUUGAUUCUGAAGUAUCAAUUUGAUCCAUCAAUCAGUUAUUCGAUAAACCAAAUUGCGAUGU